CAUCACGGCAUAAACAUAAAUAUAGGGCUUACAGAAAUUGCAUUUUUGACAACGGCGAACAUGGUGCUAUCUCAACUAUUGUCCGAUUAUACACCACUCAUCCUUCUUGUUCUCUUCGUUAUCGUCAUUCGCAAAUUACAGAAAUUCCUCAGUUGGAGAAAGAUUGGCGAUGAUCUCCCUGGUCCACCGGCUUCUCUACUGACAGGGAAUGUACUCGAAAUUGGACCUGCUGGGGGAAUGGGUUUGUUCCUACGCAAUCUUCACGAAACUUAUGGCCCCGUGGUCAGAUACUGGAUCGGUCCAAGUGGGCUUUUUGUGUCCAUCAAUGAUGCUGACAUUCUUGAUCAGCUAGCGCUUGUUAAUGCCGAAAGACCGACUGCGUUUAUCGAAUUUAUGAAGGAAGUAUUUAAUGACAAGUCAUUGUUUUACUUAAGUGGAGCAAAGGCAAAGGAGAGAAGAUUAAUUUACCACAAGGUGUUUGCAAAGAGACCGUACGAAAAUAUCAUGCCACAAUUUAGUGAACUCGUUGACGAACUAGGUUCAAAAUGGUUAUCGCAAAGAAAUGGAGAUAAAUCU